AUGUUCGGCUUCCUAACCUCCAAGUUCCAGCGCCCGGGGGCGACGGAAAACGUCCGUAAUCCAGCAUGGUACGACCGCCAUCUGGGUCCCGUGCUGCUGUGGGUUGCAAAGAAAGCGUGUACACAUCCGAUCCAUACCAUUGUGAUGAUUGCCUGUGUUGCUAGUUAUUCCUACCUCGGCGUGCUGGAUCAGGGGCUGCUUGAUCGGGCUACCGAUAAGAGCACUGGGAAGGUGGAUUUCACUACGCUCUUGUCUGGGAGUCAGACAUUGAGGGUUAGCGAACAGACCGGCUGGAAGUGGGAGGCGGAGACGGUGGAACCCGCAUUGGGUGCCAAGGUCGAACCGUCUAUCGAAGAUCUCGCCCUGAUCACUCUGGUAUUCUCCGACUCAACCAACAUCAACAGCGCCCCGACCGAAGAUGCCUUCCCGAGCAACGUAUCCACGAGACUGCUACCCAGUUCCUCCAACUCCUUCUCCACCAUGUCCUCCGACAGCUCGCUCGCCUUCUCCAUCCCCUACCGCGACGCACCGGAAUUCCUCGCCUCCAUGCAGGAGAUUCCAGCCCCUGAAGAAGCGUCGGAGAAGCACAGCUCCGAGAAAGCCGGUACGCGGGAGGAGAAGAAGUGGAUCAUGAAGGCGGCUAGGAGUGGAAGCUCCCCCGGCGGAAUUCGCAACUGGGCAAGGGAGUCCUGGGCUUCGUUUGUUGACUUGCUGAAGAAUGCUGAUACGGGCGAUAUCAUCAUAAUGGCGCUCGGCUACCUUGCCAUGCAUCUGACCUUCGUCUCCUUGUUCCUCGCCAUGCGCCGCUUGGGAUCCAACUUCUGGCUCGCAGCUACCGUUCUGAUCCAGUCAGCCUUCGCCUUCGUCCUGGCCUUGCUAGUUACUGUCUACCUUGGCGUUCCCAUGAACAUGGUUCUCCUGUCCGAGGGACUCCCCUUCCUGGUUGUUAUCAUUGGUUUCGAAAAGCCCAUUGUGCUUACCAAGGCGGUGCUCUCUGCUUCCAUGGACGCCCGCAGGAAUGCCGAAGGUACCACGGGUGACUCGCUGACGAUCCAGAAUGCUGUGCAAAAAGCGAUCAAGCAAGUCGGAUUUGAGAUUGUCAGGGACUACUUCUUCGAGAUUUCUAUCCUCGUUGCCGGAGCCAUGUCGGGGAUUCAGGGUGGACUCCGCCAGUUCUGCUUCUUGGGAGCCUGGAUCCUGCUCUUUGAUGCUGUUAUGCUGCUCACCUUCUACACCGCGAUUCUUACCAUCAAGCUGGAGAUCAACCGCAUCAAGCGCCACAUCGCUCUCCGAAGGGCUCUGGAGGACGAUGGAGUGAGCCGAUCUGUUGCCGAGAAUGUCGCCUCCAACAACGACUGGCCAAACUCCGCUGUCGACCCGAAGAAGCGGAGCAACACCACCACGAUUUUCGGCAAAACCAUCACGGUCCCCAAGUUCAAGCUCCUCAUGGUUGUCGGCUUUGUUCUUGUCAAUGUGUUGAAUCUCGUCACCCUGCGAUUCGGUAUGCAUGGUGCCAAGCCAUCACACAUCUCCGGUGUUGGUGCAUCUCCUCCCCUUGACCCCUUCAAGGUUGCAGGCAAUGGCUUGGAAGCCAUUUUACGGCAAGCGACGAAGAGCUCGAUCCCCACUCAGGUGACUAUUUUGACGCCCAUUAAGUAUGAGCUGGAGUAUCCCUCUAUCCACUAUGGCGAGCACACCGUUGCGGAGGCAGGGACACACCUCGGUGGAAAUAUCAGCACCCAACUUGUCGACGGCGUUCUCAAGAGCCUGGAAGAUCCGUUCCUGAGCAAAUGGAUCAUUGCUGCCCUGGUCAUGAGCGUUGUCUUGAACGGCUACCUCUUCAAUGCUGCGCGCUGGACCAUCAAGGAACCGCACCAGCCUCUGGAACCACCACAACCCUCCGAGGUUCAGGAGGGCGCCCCGCCAUCUGCUGCUAUCGGUAUCCCUCAUCAGCAUAUACCUUCGCCGCCCAUCACACCAGGCCCAGAAAAACAAGCUGCCCGUGGGGCCAUCCAGCCUGUCUCUAAAGGCGCCCACGAACCGCAACCUGCACAGCCCCAGCGUCCCCCAACGCCGUUGACUGAGGAAGAGCAGAAGGAACCUAAUCGACCUAUGGAAAUCUUGGAGCAGAUGCUCAAAGACAAGCAAACCCACAAGAUGACCGACGAGGAACUCAUUGAACUCUCGGUCCGAGGAAAGAUACCUGGAUAUGCGCUGGAAAAGACGCUCGGCGACAAGACUCGUGCUGUCAAGAUUCGCCGCGGACUCGUCUCUCGGACACAUGCUACCCGCGAGACCUCGACGCUGCUUGAGAGGUCCAAGCUUCCUUACAAGGAUUAUAAUUAUGACCUCGUUCAUGGAGCCUGCUGCGAGAAUGUCAUCGGAUAUUUGCCUCUCCCUCUCGGUGUCGCGGGUCCGUUGAUGGUGGACGGCCAGAACUACUUCAUCCCCAUGGCGACGACCGAAGGUGUACUGGUGGCAAGUACCUCCCGCGGAGCCAAAGCCAUCAACGCCGGCGGCGGUGCCACGACCGUCCUGACCGCCGAUGGCAUGACGCGCGGCCCCUGCGUAGCAUUCCAAUCUCUCGCCCGCGCCGGCGCCGCCAAAAUCUGGCUCGAUUCCGAAGAGGGCCAGCGCAUCAUGAAGAACGCCUUCAACUCUACCUCACGCUUCGCUCGUCUCCAGACGAUGAAGACCGCCAUUGCGGGAACCAACUUGUACAUCCGAUUCAAGACCACGACAGGUGACGCCAUGGGCAUGAACAUGAUUUCCAAGGGUGUCGAGCACGCCCUCUCCGUCAUGGCGCAAGAAGGCUUCGAAGACAUGGACAUCAUUUCCGUCUCUGGGAACUACUGCACCGACAAGAAAGCUGCCGCCAUCAACUGGAUAGACGGCCGCGGCAAGGGUAUCGUCGCCGAAGCGAUCAUUCCUGGCCACAUUGUCAAGAGUGUACUCAAGACAGAUGUGGAGAGUCUCGUGGACCUCAAUAUCAACAAGAAUUUUAUUGGAUCCGCUAUGGCGGGAGCGAUGGGCGGGUUCAAUGCGCAUGCGGCGAACAUUGUUGCGGCGGUGUUUUUGGCGACGGGCCAGGAUCCAGCUCAGGUGGUGGAGAGCUCGAAUUGUAUUACGGUCAUGAAGAAUCUCAACGGCAACCUCCAAAUCUCCGUCUCGAUGCCGUCGAUCGAAGUUGGCACCAUCGGCGGCGGCACCAUUCUCGAACCCCAGUCCGCGAUGCUCGACCUCCUUGGCGUCCGCGGCGCACACCCUACCUCCCCAGGCGACAAUGCCCGCUUGUUGGCGCGAAUCAUCGGCGCGGCCGUCCUGGCGGGAGAAUUGAGUCUGAACGCUGCGCUCGCGGCUGGGCAUCUGGUCAGAGCGCAUAUGGCGCAUAAUCGGAGCGCGGUGCCGAGCCGGGCGCCGACGCCCAUGGGCGAGGGGAGCAGGACGCCGGCGCCGAAUGGCGUGGGCGUGGGUGUCGGUGCGGGUGCGAGCGUGGGGAAUGGGCCGUUGCCGAGACGAUAG